AGGACAUAGAGUCUGGGACUCUGAAAGGAAAAAGUAAAAGAAGUCUCCUAGUCUCAAACUAGUACUCAGAUCUUUAUCCUCCCAUACAUUUAGAUUUACCCUUGUCUAAAGUUUUACUAAUGCAUUGUGACAUUCUAAAUCUCACCAUCAGCUCUAGCUGCAGGUGGAAAUCUUCCUCCUGCACACACCAGGACAGCACCGCCCAGUGCAUGGCAGCAUGGAGCCUGGACCCAUUGGGCCACCGCUACAGGUGCUUGGAGAGAAUGAGGCGCUGCAACAGUUCUUCAGCGGUCAGGACGUCAGUAGUGUGUUGGACAGCUCGGUUGCCGUAGAUACCAGCAUCCUGGAGCAGUACCUCAGUAACGACAUGGACCCAAGCAACUUUAUGCUUCCUGAAUCUCCUCCUGAUUCAAGCUCAGAGGCUUAUUCUCCUGCACAGAUACCAGACGUUGGGUAUGAACAGCCCUGCUUGACCGUCAGUCCAGAGGCGUUUCCACCGGCAACCCUCCCCACCUGUCACUUUAAGGAUCGCCGCUCCGCUCAUCCCAACUCUGACCAAAUCAUCCGGCCCCCUUACUGUCGAUUAAAAGAUGGAGGCUCUGCACCAUCCCACUGUAACUUUAUGACCUACAACCAGCUCUGUGGUUCUGGUCUCACAGACAUUGACAUCAAAUCCAGAACUUCUCCUGACCCACACGUACUACCUGUUUAUCAGGACACCAACCACCCACCUGAACGCUACUUAAAUUCAGGAAACGUUUUGCAAGGUUACACGCCGACCACUCCCUCUUCUCCAUCCUUAACUCCUUCCAGUACCUACAUUUCCCCCAUGACUGAUGCAGCUAUGGUCCAAAAUCUCCAAGUGUCAUCUUCACCCUGUGCGCUUGGCUCACUCUCCACAUCACACACCUGUUCCCAGGACAGUAAAAAGAGGAGGAGGUCAGACUCCGAGGAUACAUUUGCAGCAGCUGAUGCUGCCUGUUGUGAAGGUGAUGGGACUCGUAACACUGGGGCAGGGAUUGGAGCCGGUCUGGGUUCCUCCCAGUUGCUUAGGUGGGAACACUAUCAGCAAGAACAUUGGAGCACUUUAUGCAGCAGCAGCUACCAAACAUUGGCGCCUCCUACCUACCAUGUUGAUACAGAUAAAGGCUUUAACUACUCUUCAGUUGAUGAGGCGUUUGUGUGCCAGAAAAAGAACCACUUCCAGGUCACAGUUCACAUCGGUGUGUCUGCAGAGCCACAUUAUGUCCAAACGCCCAGCGGACUACAGACUAUUGGCUACUUUCAGAUAAAAGUGUUCGGCAUUAAGCUUGAAACACCGAGCCAUGAGGUGACAAUAGAGCAGUCUCAACCGGACCGCAGCAAGAAGCCCUUCCACCCAGUCAGGGUCAGUUUGGCUGGUAACAAAAUAACCAAAGUAACUCUUGGAAGACUACACUUCAGUGAGACGACCGCCAACAACAUGAGGAAGAAAGGCAAACCUAACCCUGACCAGAGGUAUUUUCAGAUGGUGGUCGGCCUUUAUGCCGCUGUCAAAGACGAGACUUUUCUUCUCGCUGCGCUGGUGUCAGAGAGGAUUAUUGUUCGGGCGUCCAAUCCAGGCCAGUUUGAGACAGACAGUGACAGCUUGUGGCAGCGUGGGUCAACGCCAGAGGCUGCGGUCUGUCACGGUCGAGUCGGUAUCAACACCGACUCCCCUGAUGAAGCACUGGUAGUUUGCGGCAAUGCUAAGGUGAUGGGCUCCAUCAUGCAACCGUCCGACUGCCGAGCCAAGCAAAACAUACAGGAGGUUGACUCCGAGCAGCUGCUUAAAAGAAUCAAUCAGAUGAGGAUAGUUGAAUUUGAUUACAAGCCAGAGUUUGCCUCCAACAUGGGAAUAGAUCACACCCAUCAGACAGGUGUAAUCGCUCAGGAGAUAAAGGAGCUGCUUCCAUCAGCGGUUGUGGAGGUCGGCGACGUCAUGUGCUCAGAUGGGGAAAGAAUAGAGAAUUUUCUCAUGGUGGACAAGGAGCAGAUCUUCAUGGAGAACGUUGGAGCUGUGCAGCAGCUGACGAAGCUUACAGACAACCUGGAGACUCGAAUCCAAGAGCUGGAAGUUUGGAACCGCAGACUGGCAAAGUUAAAGAGCUUAACAGGCAGCCUGCGCUCUACUAGCAGUAAAGCUCAGUUUCACAGCGGCGCAUCAACAGCUCCGUCACCAGAGCCGUGCAGGACUGCAAAGACUCCAAACAAGGACUGGUGUCACAAACUCCUCCACCUCCUCCAUAAUAAAAUCUUCCUGGCCAGCAUCUUUACCUUCCUGGUCACCAUGGCUAUUUGCAUUAUCUCCGUCUCAGCUCUCUACCUUGUAAAUUUAAAGAAGGCGGACGUUGACCUCUUCCCUAACAACAGCAACAGCAGCGGAGUCCCUAUGACGACAGUAGUUCCACCAACCACAGCUUCUUCAACCACACCUCCUGGUUCCUGGCCUCCUGAUGUGUCCUUCUGUAAUCUGCUAUACUGCGAUCAGGUGUACUGCUGCCCUUCAUCUGGAGGGGGCAGCACUGUCUCCAGCAUCCCAACAUCAGAACCAGUGUUAAACGUUCCAAAAGGGCUAAACACAACCAUUCACACAUUCAUGAUUAAAGAGAACAGGCAGGUGAUUGACAAGAGAUACUGCCUGAGGGAUGAGUGUGGGCCAGAGCGAUAUGUUUUCAGAGUUCCCAUCAGCCCGUUUGUUCCUGUUAACAUGAGGAUCACUCUGCUUAUGAAGGCUGGUUAUCCUCAGCAGUGCAUUGCAGGGGAGCAUGAGUGGCCUCUUCACGUGGCUCGUCUUUAUCAGAGCGCCUACCACUUCCGCUCUGCUGUCGCUGGUCAAGCAGACUGCAGUACUGACCCUCACUACGCGGGGGCGCUCUUCACAGAUUAUUACUUUCUUUUCUACAGACGCUGCAGAGAUUCAUAA